AUGUGCCAGGAUCUCCAGGAACAUCAAGUUCAUCAGAACCAAGUCGUGGAAGAAACUGGCACCAAGAGAAACAGGUGCACAUCAUGUUACCGACGAUACCCUCACAAAUUUGGACGCAUUGCAGUGUGGAGCCUGUGUGUACGUGUGGUGUGCGACGUGCUGCCUGGUGCUCCUGCUGGAUGUAGUGCCGCCCUGACUGCGUCUCUCGCUCUCUGCCAGACAUGUCGCUCAGUGGAUGUAAGUUUCGGCUGCCCUGAGUAUUCUAAGACUAUCCAGGCGCUGGACUCGCUGCAGCGGCAGUUGGCCAUCUCGUUCGGCCCGGACCUCCUGCCCGCGACGCAUCAUGGCGAGCCACACGGCCUCCACUCCUCCAUGGCUGUAAUGCGGCGCCUCCUGGUUGACGCUCAGGCAAAGUUCCGCAGGAUGGUGGAGGAGAACAAGCAGCUGGCGGCGCGCAUCGACGGCGACCUGGCGGUGGCCCACGAGGAGGUGGCUGCGGUGCGCGGCGAGCUGCACGACGCGUCGCGACGCCUGGACGAGCACCUGGCCAAGGUGGCCGGCGCCGACCCGAGCGCCGCCGAGGACAAGCCGACAACGGCCGAAGAGCCCGCCGGCAUCCGACCGCCCUCGCCCAUCGCCGGAGCCGCCUCCGCCGCCGGCGACGCCUCCGCGACUGGCGGCGUCGGCGUCGGGGCAGCGUCCGCCUCUACAGCCGUGACUUCUGCUGCCGCCACCGCCGCGUCAGACGCGGACGCAGUGCCGGGAGGCGGCUCUCGGCCCAAGGGAAAGUCUGGCGGCUGCUCGGAACGCGACGCCGUCAACAACCCGGCAGCCGCCAUGCGGCUGCGGCUCGAGAACGAGCGUCUCAAGUGCGAGGUAGCCGAGCUGCGCAUGCUGGUCGCCUCCAGGGACCUGACGGCCGCGGGCGCGGGGGCGGCCAGCAGCGCGGCGGCUGCGGGGGCGGCGACCGGCGCCGAGGGGGCGGUGGGGGCGGCCGCGCCAGCUGGCGGCGGCAGCGGAGCCGAGGAGUCGCUGCGCGUCCAGGCGCUCGACAUGGAGCUGCGGCACGCUCGCGAGGCGCUCGCAGCUUUGAAGGCCGACCGGAAGAGGUUAAAAGCCGAGAAAUUCGACCUGUUGAACCAGAUGAAGCAGCUGUACGGGACGUUGGAAGACAAGGAGAAGGAGCUGCGCGAUUUCAUCAGGAAUUACGAACAGCGGAUGAGGGAGAGCGAGGCGUCACUGCAGCAGCUGUCGACGGAGCGCGAGGAGCGGGAGCGCGAGCGCUGGAGCCUGCUGCGGCACGCCCGCGACGAGGCAGAGCGCAGCCUCGCCCUGGCCGCGCAGCUCGACGCCAAGGAGCAGCACAUCCAGCAGCUGCAGGACCAGCUGCUAGAGGCUCGUCGGCAGCUGGCGGCCGUACAGGGCGGCGGCGCCGUGGUGCUGGCGGGCGGCGGCGGGCCGGGCAGCGGGGGCGGCAGCGGGGGCAGCGGCGGCGGCGGCGGCUGCCUGUCCGACCAGGAAAGCCUGGCCUCCAUGUCUCUGUCGGCGUCGCGCGCCAACGGCGGCCUGGCCACCCCCACCGCGGGGCUGGGCCUGCUGCCCGGAGACCGCGGCAGCUGCAGCGCGGACUCGGGCGUGCGCGGCAGCUCCGACCGCGAGUCGGGCGGCGCCACCUCGGGCGGCGGCAACCUGUCCGACUCCACCACCGACGGAACACCCACAAUCACCGUGGAAGGAAGCAAUGUUGAUACGGACUCAGUAUCUUUAAUAUCCUACAUAGCUACUCCACAUACCUGUCAAUCUGCUACAACACCAAAGGACUGCAGUCCUUCCUUGUCACCACUGAAUGCAAAUGCCUUUUCGAAGUCCAUUGACAACAGUGUUCUCUCAAGGUCAGUUGAGCAGCUCAGCAAUCCUAUGGAAUUGGAGCCUCGAAGACCAAAAAAUGUGGCUCCUGUGAGUAGAAGUGGUGGUAGUAGAGGUGGAACAUGGGGCAGCAUAUCCAGAGUUUUUGCUCGAAGUCGACAUCGUAAGGCAGCCAGCCCAAGUCAGGAGGAGGCAUCAGAUGCAUACCGCAGUUGGUCACCAUUAACAGAGGAAGGGUAUGCAGAAAAACUGAGAUUGUUGAGAGAAGCUGCCUCCAUCCCAAUGGAAAGGUGGCGAGCACCUACAGUAUUAGCAUGGCUUGAAAUUGCUCUCGGUAUGCCACAGUACGGUCCUCGAUGUGCAGAGAAUGUUAAGAGUGGCAAGGUGCUUCUUGAACUUAGCGAUGUUGAGCUAGAACUGGGGCUAGGAAUAACUCAUCCUAUGCACCGAAAAAAGCUUCGCCUCGCCAUUGAAGAGCAUAGGCACCCUGCACUUGUGCGAUACCCAUGUAUAGCACAGCUAGGACACACAUGGGUGUCCAGUGAGUGGCUACCAGACCUUGGUCUUGCUCAGUAUUCAGAGAAUUUUGCAACAAACAUGGUGGAUGCAAGGAUGCUGGAUCACCUCAGCAAGAAGGAGCUGGAGAAAUUUCUUGGUGUAACAAGGAAAUUUCACCAAGCCUCUAUUGUCCAUGGAAUUCACCUUUUAAGAAUGAUGAAAUAUGACAGACAGGCACUUGCAGUCCGGAGACAUCAAUGUGAAACAAUUGAUGCAGAUCCUCUUGUCUGGACAAAUCAAAGAUUCAUUAGAUGGGCAAGAAAUAUUGAUCUCAGUGAAUAUGCAGAGAACUUAAAGGAUAGUGGUGUCCAUGGAGCCUUAGUUGUCCUUGAGCCUUCAUUCAAUGGUGACACAAUGGCAACAGCCUUAGGCAUACCUCCUUCAAAGAACAUCAUACGGCGACACCUCAGCACGGAGCUGGAGGCAUUAGUACUGCCUGCCAGAGCUGCUUUUGAGCACUUUGUGCGCGUAAGCAAGUCGGAGCGUAGGCGUGCUGAGAAGUUGGUCGGUGGGGGAAGUCUGGGGCGGAGCUUCUCUCGCUCUUACGCAGGUGGGCUGGCAGAGCGUUCAUCCCCAGCUACUGAACGCCCUGGUCCUGGGCCCGCACCUGAGCAAGAGAAGGAACGCAGGCGUUCUAGUCUCAGAACCUACAGUCUCCUGUAUUUGAAAAAGGGGUCUUUAAGUCGCGCUUUGGGACUGAAGAUGCGUCAGGACAACAGCAGCAAAAGAGACAGUCGUGACUUUACAGGCAAUAGUAAUGGGAUAGCAUCACCAUCAUCCUCAUCAGAGAACAGCUCCUCAGUUAUCAGUUUCAACUGCAGAGUGCCAUCACCACAGCAGACAGAUGCCAAUAACAGUGCUUCACCACAGAGACCAGCAAUAGCAUCAUCUGGCACAUUGAAAAAGCGCCACCAUCACCGUAGAGUAAAGUCCAUAGGAGAUAUUGACACAGUAACAGUAACACCUGUAUGAAGUUAAAGAUCAGAGUAUGUCAUCUGUUUUAAUUUCAAAUGUUCCCAAGACAAUCAAGUGGAAUAUGAUACAAAAUUGUUGUAUAUCGGAAACAAUAUUCUUAAAUCUUUUUCCAGAUGCCUCAGAGUCUUCGUAUUGAACAAAAUUAUUCUUUGACAAACAAAACAAAAAUGAGGCAUAUCAGAUAUAUGAGUGGACCAAGGUAUAAGUAUUAAAUGUCAGUACUGUUACAAGAAUGGAAUUUUCACUAAAUCUGUUAAGUCCCUGAAUGUUUAAAUAACUAUGUGCAAAAUGUAAACACCAUGAGAUUAAAUAUAUCUAACUAAGCAGGUAAUUUUCUAUUAAAAAUGUAGAAGGCUGCCUAAAAAAACAUUGACAACUAUGCUGUAGUAAGAAUUUCCUAUGGAACCCUUAGCACACAUUCUCAUGAAAGUACAUCAGGCAAAAUACAUUAAAAGUUGUAUCUUUUGGGUGUAUUUAUAACAAUGAACACAACUAUGAAAUAGAGACAAUUUCUUUUAAUUAAUUAUUUGUUUCUGCUUCUGUUAUAAAAUUGCUGGAUGAAAUAUCUUUACUGGAAUGUUACUAGAAAACACCAUUUUUCCUUUAUAAUGUGUCAGCCUUAGGUUAAUUAAUACUCAUCACAAUUUCUUUUGGGGCAGGUCUCAAUUAAUGACAACCCACAAGAAUGAAUGACCAUACUGAGAAGCCCUUAAACAGAAUAUUUUUCAGAUGAGAUAAAUCACAUUUUUCAGAAAUGAAUAAUUUUUUUACUGAUGGUACACUUAUGUCAUCAGACAUUAAUCUAAGUUAAAGUAGAAAAAGUGAAUUGGUCCUCAAUUCAUGUAAAACAUAAAUGUGAAUAAUUAACAUCUGUAUCAACUUCCUUUAGUUCAUAUGCAGUGGGCAGAUGAAUUAAACAUGUCCAAAUGUUGAAUGAGAUUUUCACUCUGCAGCGGAGUGUGCGCUGAUAUGAAACUUCCUGGCAGAUUAAAACUGUGUGCCCGACCGAGACUCGAACUCGGGACCU